UAUAAAUCUGUCAUUCUCAUUGAAAGCAAGUCUGAAUGAUAUAUCUGUGUUUCCCGUUUUUACGUUUUGUUCACCAGCUUAAAACAGUUGAAAAUAUAAUAUUUGGGGUUAUGGAAAAGAUCAUUCACAGCGGUUUAGACGGUACAAGUAUUCUCUACACUAUACUUGCUUGUUUUGUCACAAACUGAAAUUAGACGAACUAUUCGAAUUUUAGCAACUAGGAAAUGCCGGAGCGAUUUCGGAAUUGGUCAUCUUUAAUCAUAUUUAUCCUAUCAUAUAAUCGCUUUUGCCACAUUCCAAUUGAGGUGGGAAGUAAACUACAAUGUUCAAUUAAUAUUAUUUGUAAAUCAGUCAGAGACAAUUUACCCAUGAUACAUUGCGGUUUUGAGCCUCUCGAACACGGCCAUUGGUAACCAAUCGGCGUAGCAGCAGAUACACAAGUAAUCACCAAACAACUUCUGGAUGCUAACUAUAGUGAUGAUAUCAGCUGAAACUUGAAUUUAACUUGGUAACUUGAACGAAUAGGUGGCUUUCUAUCUAGAUAUCUGUAACCACGACACCGAAGAUUUGUUUGAAAAACGCAAGGAGGUAGUCCAUUAUGUGAUUUGAUGUUACGCCGAUAGCUCGCUAAACUAGUAGCAACAUUUAUUCUAGAAACGCGCAACGUUUCUAGCUGCUACGUUAGUUAAUGUGCAAGGGGGUGGCUAGAUACAUCACCCCACUUUACCUCCUGAUCUGCGGAAACAAUGGCUAGUCCUGCCCCUCCACCAGCCACUGUCUCGACCGCCACUGAGAACCCCAGCAGCUCGACUGCUGCUGGGGAGGGUGGCAAUCAGGACAGCACCUUCGAAUGCAACAUCUGCCUGGACACCUCCAAGGAUGCGGUGAUCAGUCUGUGUGGGCAUCUCUUUUGUUGGCCCUGUUUACAUCAGUGGUUAGAGACCAGACCUAACAGACAAGUGUGUCCAGUGUGCAAGGCAGGCAUCAGUCGAGACAAAGUCAUCCCACUAUAUGGCAGGGGAAGCACAGGCCAGCAGGACCCACGGGAGCGAACGCCUCCUCGACCACAAGGACAGAGGCCAGAGCCAGAAAAUCGUGGGUUCGGCUUUGGAGACGGAGGAUUCCAGAUGUCUUUUGGCAUUGGUGCCUUUCCAUUUGGCAUUUUCUCUACAGCUUUUAACAUCAAUGAUGGAAGACCACACCCAGCUGCCCCUGGGACCCCCCAGCACAUGGAUGAACAGUUCUUGUCCCAACUCUUUCUAAUUGUGGCUCUGGUGAUUGUGUUUUGGCUACUAAUCACAUAAAUGUCUGGGCGGCCAGGACUAAGGCUCAAUUUGGACAGUUCUUAAUACUCUGUUUCCAGAUACUUGUUUGAUUUUGUUUGAUCCACAUUCUAAGUAUUGUCCUCUGAACUUGCCGUUGGUUUAUUUUCAGUAAUUGAGAUUAAACUGUUUGAUUACAUCUGUACUAUGAAUCCUACAGAAGUCUUAAAAUGGCCCUACCUCUUCAUUUCCAUCAAUGGUGUGUUUUUUAAUAGACAAAGUUUCCUUGGCUGGCAAAAUAUAACCAGAUUUUAAAAGAAAAAAAUGGCAAAUCGGUAAAUGUAAGGUAUCGGAUAUACCCUCUGUGUUUGUAUGGAUGUAGAUUAUGAGCAGUAUGUCCUGUUUCUGAACUGAAUAUCAAUUCGGGAAGAGAUGUAUAAUUGGCGAUAGACUUUUAAAUUGUUGACACAAUUGCCUUUUGAGUAACAUUACCAGUAUGCAGCCAUAUUAACAAUACAGUAAGUAGGACAUUGUGGUGUCAGCAAGGGAAUAGUCCAAAGUAUUGAUAUGGGUUUAAGUUAUUGAAUGAUAUUAACUGGUAUGUCCUCAGUUGCCAUAGGAGCUAUUUUGCGAACUAUUUCUCAUGUUUCAGAAAAUAAGCUUACAAUUUAAAGGAGCUAUUUUUGGUUGAAUGAUAGUCAUUGUCUGCCACUAGUAAGACUUAUUUAGUACAAAUGGAAAUGUAGAAUUCUAAUGCAUAUGCUUAUAUAAUAAAGAACUUGGGGGGGGGGGGUGCAAAAGGUGUAAAAGAUUUUGAUUUCUUCAACCAGACAACUAUCAAGAUGAAUGUCAUUAGUAACAGAAGCUGUUAUUUGAUGUGCUCCCUCACUAAUUGAUUUUUACUUCACCACUUUCUCACUGUAAUAAAAAGUUGAAUAUAAAAAAUGGAUUAUUAAAAUAGCAUAAGCAUCUGUAAUAGACUGUUUGCUUCAUAUCCUACUGAGAACUUUAAACAAACACCUUUGUAUGGGUAGUCAAUGUUUCUCUAAUCAGGCUGCAACCAUUUAAUGGCAUUCAAAGAAACAUAACAGCUCAUUGUAUUUUCAAUUGGGUUAACUUGCAUUCAUAACAGAAAAUGCUUUAAGAUCUAUUAAAAUAAUUGAUUUGGUUGUUAAUCAACUCUUGUGAAAAAUAUAAAAGUAUCUCUCAAUAUGA